AUGAAGUUCUUCCUUCCUUGUAUUCUUGUACUAUCGGCCGUUGCUGCCCUUCCCACCGAGAAAGUUAAACCAGAACCAAAAAAGGUUGAAGCACACCCAGACCCUAGACCUAACGUCCAGGUAGCCCUACUAGGCCAGACAUGUGAUCUGACCAAACACAUCUAUUGCGCUCCCGACCUCUCCUGCUUCCUCAUUGCACAACAAACUGGCACCGAUAAAAAUUCUCACCAGGGUAUAUGCAUUGAUGUGACAAAGGAAGUCAACAAUAGGCAACAUCCGGAAUUCGUGGACGAUCUUUUGCGCGAUACCAUCGGCUGGUCGCCAAACAGGUCGAAGAAGGGCAGUACUGAUACUGAUAUCCCUGCUGGCCGCCGUUAA